AUGAGCGCCGCCCGCGAUGGUGACGAUGAUGAUCGCAAGGAUGCCGCCGCCAUGCUCGCGUCGCACAGCGCGUGGCGACAGAUGAUGGCGACAGCGGCCCCAACUCGUCCUCCGGCGGCGCAUCCCGCCGACGCUCCUCGCAGCGACCAUCCGUGGCGCCACGUCGUGAUCAAAUCGUGGAUUGGUUCGCCACACAGCAGCAGCAGCGGCGGCGGCGGCGGCGGCGGCGGCGGCGGCGGCGGCGGUGGCCGCAGCGACAGCGCGUGGCGGUGGCACGCGGCGGAGAAGCACUCCGCGUCGCCUCUCGCGCUCCUCGCCCUGCCCUUCCUGCUCCUCCUCCUCGUCCUCUGCUCGCUCUUCCUCGUCUCCCUCAACCAAGCGGGCUCCUUUGGCUGGGAAACCUAUGCAGAUCUCACCAGCCUUCCUCCCACCGGCCCCAACAGCCAAAGCACGGACCCCAGAACUACUAGCAAUGCGGACACCAGCAGUAACACCACAGGCAAUGGUGGCAACGCCAACACCGGAGACCUAAACCCUGGCAGCGGCAGCGGCAGCGGCGGCCGCGGCAGCGGCGGCAGCGGCAGCGGUGGGUACUGGCGGUCACCGUUCCUCGCCCAUCUGCACCACGCCACCACUCUCCUCUGGCGGCCGACGCAGGACGUCAGUGGCGGCGGCGGUGGUGGUGGGGAUGGCGAUGGCAUGGCUGACAGCUUAGCACCGCUGGUGUCAGCAGCACCGGCAUCGCUGGCAGGAGCUGCACUGCCGACAGAAUCAGUGGUACCAACAGAAUACCCAACCUCUUCACAAUCCCCACCGUCACAAUCCCCUCCCUCUCAGUCUACGCCUUCCCAGUCCCUCUCACCACCGGCGUCCCAAACAGCCCCCGCAGCAGCAUUGAGAGCAAAAUCAGCAGCAGCCACAGCGUCAGAAGUGUUAAAAUCAGCAGCAGCAGCAGCAGCAGCAGCAGCAGCAGCAGCAGCAGCAUCACAUUCACAAUGCACAUCCCCCUCAUCCCCAUCAUCCCGCGGCGGGGCACUCUACGUCCCCAUGACUGCCAUUAGCGGGUGGACGGACCCUCCCCCUCACCCCGUCGUCCCCUUGGCCAAUGCCAGCCUGGCUGCUGACGUCAUUGUUGACGUGGCAGCUGACGUGGCGGAGAGUGGGGGCGUUCCCAGCGAGCCCCUGCUGGGCGCGCCGUGGAGCCCCGACGGCAGAAAGUACCUUCUGGCGCUCUGCUCCACUGGCGGAGCAGGGUUUAGGAAAAGCGCCACUGUGCCACCACGCCCAUGCCCAUGUCUAACCACGUCUUUUUCCGCUCCACUCUGGUCUCUUUAUUCACCUCUCCAUGCGCUCUGCUCCACUGACGGGAUGUCCAACCAUCUCUUCUGUCUGCGUGAGUUCGCUCUGCUGGCAGGCGCUCUCAACCGAACGCUCGUGGUGCCCAUGGGGCCACACGAGCUGGCCCUGCCGCUCUCCCUCGUGUUCGACGUGCCCUUCCUCCGCGCCUGCUAUGGUCCCAAGACCGCCCUCACUCUGGACGAGUACAAGCAGUUCGUGGGCAGCGGCAGCAUGGAAGUGACCCACGUGCUGUGCCUCGUCAAGCGCUGCCACCUCGUGCCUGACGCUGCACCAGGAGGGCAGUUCGUGGCGAGGAAGGGGCGCAUCAGCCUGGGGAAUGUGACGGUGCCGGCAGUGAAGCAGUGGGCGUGGUCUGGCCUGCCAGAAAAGCACUCGCUGCAAGCCUUCCUCAGCGUUUACAGCCGAGUGCCGGAUGGUGUGCUGCUGAUCGGCGAGUUCAGGACGCAACCCAUCACGGAUUCCAUCUUCUUUCGCAUGCUCUCCCCUAUGGACCUCCCGUUUCUGCUGCCCCCACCACCGGGCAAGCAGAGGGGGAAGCCUAAGCCUGCAAAGGUGGUGCCGCGAGAAAUAUGUCUCGCGUCUCCCACCAUCCGGCCCCCUGAGCCGCUGAUAGCAGCAGCGCGGCACAUAGUGCAGCGCCAUCUGCUCAACGGCCAGUUCCUGGCAGUGCAAUUCAGGAGGGGCGACUUUAAGGAGUUCUGCCAGAAGAAGCACGCAUCGGCGGACGGCUGUUACCUGCCAGUGGACCAGGCAGCACAGUGCAUGCGUGCUACAGCCAUCGCAGCACGGGUCCCCCUCGUCUUCCUCGCCACCAACGCCCGGCCGAAUGAAAUAGCAGCCAUUGCAGCAACGCUGCUUGGGACGCCUCAACAACAGCCACAGGCGGUGGGAGCUUCAGCUGCUGCUGCAGUGGAGCAGGGACAGGCAGCGCCUGAGUCACGUGAGAGAAGACUGCUGAGUCAAUUCGCAGAUGAGAACCAGAGCAGAGGGCAGCAAGAGGAGAGGCCACCGCCAGCCAAAGCACCGCGUUCACUGCAGGGGGUUGCCCUGCCAUCUGGAUCUGGGUUAGAAUCUCAGCCUUUGGAUCCACGAUCUCAGCGGCCAUCGACGCCCGCGAUCGCCCGGCGCAUGCUGCCGGGUGUUGCGAGCGGAGUUGAGGCUUCAUUGCGUGAUGAGCAGAGUGCCAGCAUCAACAGCAACAGCAGCAGCCCUGACAGCAGUAGUGCAGUGCAGCUUGUAACGCUAGCGCAUCUGCUCUCUAAAGAGGACAGCAGCAUGUGGCUUCAAUCGCUCUUGGACAAUGGCAUCAAUAUCGAGACCACCCCUCAAGCCGCCGCCACACUGGAGAAGCUGGUGUGC